AUGCUACGAUGGUACCAAGCCCGCCUCGCGGCCCGGCCGCUGCUCACCCAAGCGAUCACCACCUCGGUGCUAUUCGCGGUGGGCGACAUCACAGCCCAGCAACUCGUCGACAAGAAAGGCGUUGAGAAGCACGACCUCGCCCGCACAGGGCGCAUGGCGCUCUACGGCGGAGUGGUCUUCGGCCCCGCCGCAGCAACCUGGUUCAAGUUCCUCUCGGCACGGGUGAACCUCUCUUCCCCCAACGCGACCAUGCUCGCGCGCGUGGCGGUGGACCAGGGGGUGUUCGCGCCGACGUUCAUCGGGGUGUUCCUGAGUAGCAUGGCGGUGCUGGAGGGGACGUCGCCGAGCGAGAAGCUGCAGCGCAGCUACUCGGAGGCGCUGCUGACCAACUGGAUGAUCUGGCCGUUUGUGCAGAUGGUCAACUUCAAGUUCAUGCCGCUACAGCACCGGCUGCUGUUUGUCAAUGUGAUUAGUAUUGGGUGGAACUGCUAUCUGAGCUUUUUGAAUAGCGCCGGGGAUAAGGGGAAGGUGGUGGAGGAGGAGGAGAAGGAGAGGAAGGAGAAGCGGGCUGCUUGA